AUGCGCGUCAACUCACAGAUGAUAAAAAUCAUUGUUCCUGCUCUUGUGGGCACGUGGUCGGGUAGAGUGGGUAGUCGAAGGAGCAGCACGCCACCUGCAUUUCCUCCUGAGACGUCGGUUACGCCCAAAGAGGGAAGCCGCAAAGGCUGUGGGCCGAUAGGGCUGAAGCCACACGCACAUUCCAGCUGCCGCCUGGCCGUCUGGAGCGGCCUUUGGCAAGUGGUACACACGCAUCGAGUACUGAUAUUCACCACGACGCCAAAUACGCUCGUACCUGGCUGUUUGUUACUCGAUAUUCUGGAGUCUCGACCUCGAGGAUGCCGCCUUCGAUGUCGCUUCAGGCUCGGUACUCGCGAGCAUGUCACUGCGGCCACCCACUCCGAGACCAAGCUCCACCAAUCUCCACCAAUCCCCGCACUCAGCUCGUAUCCCGCAUCCCUCUACCCUAGCGAUCCGUCAGCAAUCUUCCACGGCGGUCGAUGGCAAACUUUGCGGUACACUUGGCACACGAUUACUUUGCGUGAUGACGAAUGA